AGGCUGUAGACAUGACAAGUAAAAUGGAAAUUAGAUGAGAUAAGAUACACUAUCAGAAAAAUUUUAUAUGGAAAAAAGCAAAUCAUAAAAUUUUUGAUGAUAAAGAUGAAGCCAAAGCAGGUCAGAUAUACUACAAGUAGAGAAAGUAAUGUGAGAUGGAAGAAGAAAGUGGGAGAGACAUGCCUUACACCAGGGACACGUGUCUCUUCCAGGAUUUAAAGCAUCGUCAGCGAGAGACAGAGGGAGGAGCGGAAGACUUGGAGAAAAAGAGGAGGGAAAGGAGAGGACUGAAAUAAACACUGACUAAGAGAAGGAGAUAAUACAGAGGUAAAAGAGAGGUGUCAAACAUUUGAUGCCAAUGAAAUUGUAAAUUCCUGCAAGGGACACUUAUUCUGGACAGGUUUUUCUGCCUAGAAAUUCUUCGGAAUGGGCAGCAGUGGAACCAACCUACUCAAUGUUACACACACACACUUGGAGCUACAGGAUUCUUCACUCACUAGCCUUGACAAACCUCUUGAAGAGGGGGCACCUGGGUACUAUCUGCCAUUUUGUGACAUUCUAUACAGUGGCGAUGGAGGAAGCUGGGCGGCUCCUAAAAACCUGUUGCCCAGUGGGCCCAGAGGUGAAGGGCAAAAAGAACCCGAACAGUGCCCUGUUAUAGACAGUCAAGGACUUCACCAUGAAUUGGAGUACCAAACGUCACUACAUCUUGAGGAUCAUUCCCUUGAACAAAUGCAAACAAUGGUAGUGGGAGAAGUUUUAAAAGAUAUUGAGACAGCUUGUAAACUUCUCAAUAUUUCAGCAGACCCUAUGGAAUGGUCUUUAGGUAAUGUUCAGAAGUGGAUUCUAUGGACAGAGCACCAGUAUCGGCUGCCGCAGGUGGGUCGCAGCUUCCAAGAUUUAACAGGAAGAGACUUAUGUGCACUGAAUGAAGAUGGCUUUAGAGACAGGUCCCCGUUGUGUGGAGAUGUCUUAUAUGCUCAUUUGGACAUUUGGAAGUCAGCUUGGAUGAAGGAGAAGACAGGACCUGGAGACAUGAGAUAUUGUGGAAAUGGGGCUGGUGGAGAAUGCUGGGCAGAUGCUGAGGUUGACUCCUCAAGUUCUGGGCAACCAAUACAUUUAUGGCAAUUCUUAAAAGAGCUUUUGCUGAAACCACACAGUUAUGGACGGUCCAUACGUUGGCUCAAUAAAGAAAAAGGUAUCUUUAAAAUUGAAGACUCUGCCCAAGUUGCACGACUUUGGGGAAUCAGAAAAAACCGUCCAGCAAUGAACUACGAUAAACUAAGCCGUUCUAUUCGGCAGUACUACAAAAAAGGCAUCAUCCGUAAGCCUGAUGUAUCUCAACGCCUUGUUUAUCAGUUUGUGCAACCACUAUAAAAUCUACACAAACAAGGAUGUAAAAGAAGAUAAGAAAUUCUAAAAUGAUUAAAUUGCUGACAAGACAAAAAACUCUGUGUGCUGAGUAACUAGAGGAGCAGGCUCAUUCUCGUAGAGACUAUUUUCUACAGAUAAUUUUUGACAAACAGCAAUAUAUUCUGCUCUUUGUGAUCAAGCCCUGGUGCACAUCACACACAUGCUGUUUGCAAAAUGUCAUGUUUCAAAGGAUGUUAAGCAACACAGGAUAGUCUGAACUGUGAAUUUAGUCUUCUUCACUACAUACUUGCUUUACAGGUACUCACUGAUGUGAGACCUACUGGACUUAAUGACCUUACAGGACAAUGGGAGGUGGGAAGAAAGCAGGACAGAGUGACCAAAAGCAUUGCAAGCAUACAAAAAUAAGAGCUAACUGCUAUAAUAUUGUAACACCUACAAUAUUUGAGCAAAGAUUGAUGUGAAUGAAUGUUUGUCAGACAGUCCAUACAAGCUUAUGAAGUAAUAUGUUUUAUAAGCAUUAUUUAUUGAAGUAAUAUAACCUGAUAAAUUAACCCAGAAAGUGACAAUAUGGGUGUAUGGCUAAAAUAUAUAAAUUCAUUGUUAGGUACAGACUGCAGAGAUAGAGAGGAAUGG